AUGGCAGCUCUGUUUGCUUGUACAAAAUGUCACAGCAGGCAUCCAUUUGAAGAGCUUUCACAAGGCGAGCAGUUGUGUAAAGAGUGUCGAAAUAACUUUCCCAUUGUCAAAUGUACAUACUGCCGAUCAGAAUUUCAACAAGACAGCAAAAGCAGCACAAACUCCAUUUGCAAGAAGUGUGCACACAAUGUGAAAAUCUAUGGAAAGCCAACAGCUUGUGAAUACUGCAAUGUGAUUGCUUCAUUUAUUGGGAACAAAUGUCAACGAUGUACCAACUCUGAAAAGAAAUGGGGCCCACCUCAGACUUGUGAACAGUGCAAGCAGCGAUGUGCUUUUGACAGGAGUGAUGACAGUCGUAAAAAAGUUGAUGGCAAACUGCUUUGUUGGCUGUGUACUCAAGCUUACAAGCGAGUACUGGCUAAGACACGACAUCGACAAGAGGAGGCAAGGCAGAGUAUGAAUUCACGCUGGGGGAAUUUUGAUGGUAGUGGCAGCAGUAGCAACAACAGUUCAUCUCGCAAAAGCAGCAGUAGUCUUCUGGAGAAAAACAAGGACAAUGCUUCAGCUUUCACUAAGCACAAAGAAUCAAGUCAAGAAAAGAGCAAAGAGAAAUCAAAGGAUCAUGUCAGCCUCUUUGAGAAAAGCAGUAAAGAUUUUACAAGUAUUUUUGAGAAGAACAAGGAUUACAAUAGCGCCUUUGACAAAGCCAAAGAGAUUGGACCAACAUCAGAUAAAAAUAAAGACCACAGCAGCUCUAGCAGUGGCUUUGACAAAACUAAAGACCACCGAAGUGGCUUUGACCGAAGCAAGGACGCAAGUCGAUCGUUUGACAAAAUGAUGAAAGAGAAAAAUCGAGAACCUGGCAAAAAUUUUGAAAGAGGAAAGGAACACAGCAAACAAUUUGAUCAAAAUAAGGAGAAGAAUAAGCAACACACGAAACGGGUUCGUCACAGCCGAUUUGAUGCCAGCGAUGAUACAAGCAGCCCUGAUGGAGCCGAGGGCAGUGUAGGUAGCCAUAAGGAUGGCAGCAGUGGCAGUGGACACAAGGAACAUCACCACAAAAGCCACAAAGAAGGGUCACAAAAGGAACACCACCACCACCAUCACCACCACCACCAUCAUCAUCAUCACAAAUCCCAUAAGAAUACAACUCCAAAAGAUGAAUUUAAGGAAUUACAUCAUAACUCCCAUAAAAACAAAUCUCUCAACAGUUCAUUACUUGAACACAGUCCUCCCUCAAAGAAGUCCAAGAUGGAAAAAAGCAUAAGUAAUGGUCUCUCAACCAGCAAAAGUAGUUUGAAUUUGAGUUUUGCUGAUGCAGCCCUGAUGGAUCCCAACAGUUCAGAUCAUGUGAUUGCAAUUCAGAAGUUACAUGAUCAAAUUGAAGCCAAUAAAAAACAGCUGUUGGCUAAAGAUAUGCAAUUGAAGGAAAAAGAACUCAAGAUCACAGAAUUAAAGGCUUUUCAAUAUGAUCAAGAGAGAAAUUACAGGACCAAAAUUUCCAGUAUACAAGAGGACCAUACUAGAAAAAUAGAUGAACUGAGUGCAAAAAACCGGGACUUAAUGAAGCAAGUGGCGACUCUUACAAAAAACCAAAAACGAAAUUCAGCACUAUCGACGACAUCAACGCAAAGCCCAGGCUCCUUUAUAUGCUUUUUGUUCUCUUCACCUUUUUCUCCCCACACCCCAAAGAAAGUGAUGUCAAAGCUGGAAAGUAAAACUGAUGCUGUUGUCAAGUUCUUUAUUUUUUUUUCUUCUCUCUCUCUCUCUCUCCUUACAUUCAUACAGUCAAAAUGCACACAACUUCAUAUGGAAAAAUUCCCUGAUCUCUCUCUCUGUGCUCUGCUCCCACCCCUCCCAAAUUAUCUCUUUGAUCCCUAUUUAACUAUCUCUCUCUCUGCAAACAUUCUGGCAUUUACCCUCCCCAACAACUUUUAUUUCUUUGUACAGAACCUGUCAUUUCCUUCACUCAUCUCAGUUUAUUCCCUUUUCCCCCUCUCCUGUCUAUUCUGUUCUCUCUCUCUCUCUCUCUCUUCUUUUCCAGAGUAUCAGAUUGACUUUCUGUAUUCUUUUUUCAUUGAAAUAAAAUAA